AUGCGGAACAUGUCAAUUUUGGGUGCUGGCAAGACAUCCUCGCAUUCUCUGCUGGUUCAAACACAAGAUGUUCGCAGUGACACUUUUACAGAAGAAGCCUCGAGUUGGCCCAAUCAUCCCAAAACUCUCGACUAUGGAUGGAAGGUCAUUUGGCUCUUUCCGCUAGUCUUGAUAUGGGUGCCCUUCAUUGUGCUUGCAUUCUUUAUUCACGGAUUGAACGAUAAGCCGAUCUCUGCACAUGGUGAUGCGGUACUUGAAGCUAUAGGGCUCGCAUCGACAUUGUGGCCCAUCGCCUUGGCAGCUGUCCUGGGCGCUCUGGUUCGUACCGUCGCCUUAUUUCGAGCUGAGCAAGGCACAGAACUUGGUACCCUUGCAAUUCUGCUGGGAAGCCAGACCCUUAUCAAUACCAUCAAAACCGCUUUCGUGCUUCGGAUGCUAUCUGUAUGGACACUAGUACUCUUCGUUCUCUGGACGUUCAGUCCCUUGGGCGGCCAGGCCGUUCUCAGAACCAUCCGCACUAAAUCUCACAUCAGUUCACAGGAACACAAAAUUUCAUACAUCCCAGCGGCAGAUGCUGGACCGCCACUCAACUUCGCUCUUUGGGAGAGCUCUUCUACAAGGGGCGACCAGUUGGGAAGGAUACUGCCCAUGUUUGGCGCUGCGCUCUCUGCACCCAAUGCGCUCGCGCAAGCCUCUAACGGAUCCAGUAAAAGAUUCGACGCUGUCAUCAAACAGCUGGGGGGCGUGGAUGUAGCUAGUAAAGAUGCCAAGGUUGAUCUCUGGGGGAAUGUUCGUGUCCCCGAGAUCACGCAGUUGCCCGGUUACAAUAACUUGGAUCUUUACAACUGGAUCAAGGUACCCUCUGAUCAGCUAGCGACAUACGAAUCCUUAAUCGGAAUUCCUAUUCGAGGGAUACCUUCAAACUCUGCUGGCAACUUCACGCUGCAAAUAUCGGCGAGUUACAUCGCUCUAGAGUGCUCCUCCUGGUUCAAUACUUCAGAGUGGCUUUCUCGAAUUCCCAACGGGUUGCGUUCGCACAAAACUAUGAAUGCAAGUAUUGUGGAAGAGAAGGUGACAGAGCUUAAUCGUGGCACGUCACAUACUUACAUGGACAUACCGAAUGGUAUAUCAGGAAGUAAUAGUGACUUCAACUUCUCAAGCGAAGAUAGAUACAGCAUAGGGCCAGUCAAGCGUGGCACAUUGGUCUUCGGUACCAGGAACAACUCUACGAUAUGCGAUAUGAGCAACGUCUAUGUUGACGUUGACAUAAAGUGCGACAGACCUCGCGCUUUUGAGACAAUGGUCUGCCAAGCUCUAAGUGUUCGUCACUCACGCGGCCACGGCGUCUCUAUUCCAAGCACGAAUAUGACAACUAAUCGCGGAACGGCACCAGGAGCCUUUAUAUCUGCUCUGCCCUGGCUGACUCAAUCCUUCCAUCCUGGAGUUAAGUCACCCUUUGAGAACUACCUUACAGACCCAGCGCUAGGUAUGGAAGACGACCUGACAGGCGGCUUUGGUAUCACGACCGAGUUCACCAGACUCCCUCUCAAGGUCUUUGCCCAGAGGCUAGCUUUGGUCAUUAACACGGCCAUGCGUGUUUCGUACUAUGCACCCGCUGUUCUAUCGUUUGGAAAUAUUAAUAUGACAGAGAUGGAGGAUUGGAUGCCAGGGAUGUAUGCAAUCCAGUAUACAAAUACGACUGGAGACUUCACAACCAGUGAGGAGCGGUACCAGGUGCAAAAUAUUUGGAUGGCAAUUUACAUCGUUUCUCUCAUUCUCAUGGGAAUCAGUCUUCUGGCCACAGUUUCGCUCAGCCUUGUAACAAGAGCUCCAGACUUUCUCACAAGCAUCUCAGCUUUGACACGAGACUCUGUCCAUAUUAAUGUCCCGGCAGGUGGCAGCACCUAUUGUGGUGACGAGCGUGCGACGUUGUUAAAGAAUAGGCGCCUGAAGAUCCGAGAUGUUCAGCCUGACGAGGAUAUCGGUUACGUUGCGCUUGCAGAUGACAAUAGUCAUGGAAAUCGAGGUUUAAAGGCGGCGAAGAAGCGCCUGUAUGCUUGA